ACUCGACCCCGCCCAUUCGCCCACGGCCUGAGACUUCAAUGGCCAGCGUGCACCAGAGACAGGCCGAGAUGGAGGCAAAGUUUGAGGAGGAGAGGAGGUGCCGACUGGAGAUCGAGGCCAAGCUGGAGCAGGAGCGGAAGCUGAGUGAGGAGCAGUCGGUUAUGUUGCAAAGCAUGGUCACCUGGAUGCAAGGACUUGGCGCGUCGAUGAACUAUGCGACGCCGCCUCCUCCCUUCGUCUUUCCAGCUCAGCCUUACUUUCCUGCAGGACCUUCUGACACUCCAAAUCAGUCGUGGAACGCAUCGAACAACCCUCCUCUGGACCAGAACUCGCCGCCCGCCCAGUGGCCAACUUGGCCCCACAGACCUGAGCAGUGA